UUCUGUUAGAAGACGUAUGUGAAUGAUUGUCAGCAAAGAGCUCGGACUCUAGUCCAUUAAAAGCAGGGAAACCAUUGCGAUUAUCUAACUUCUCAAGCUGGAAGCUAUUGCUGUCGGAGAAUUCAUGGCCAAAGGAGAUCUGAAUCUGUGAAAAUGGUGAAGAACUACCCAGUUGUGAGCGAGGAGUACUUGAAGGCUGUGGACAAAUGCAAGAGAAAGCUUAGGGGUCUCAUCGCUGAGAAGAACUGCGCUCCUAUCAUGCUCCGUCUAGCCUAAGUUUUACUUCCUUUCGCUUCAUAUAUUUUUAGUUAGCACGAUAUUUUGAUAUUGCUGCCAUUUGAUUGAAACAUUAUUUUCGUAUGGUAGGUUCGGAUUACGAUUUAUAUCGAUUUUGUACUGAUUAGGUCUGCAUUAGGAUGUAAAUCCUUCCCCUUACGUUUAGUGAAUAGAUCUGUGGAGAAUUAUAAUUCAGGUUUUAGUCCACUAAUGUUAUAAAUUUUUUACAUACCUCCUUUAGCAAUGAAUUUCCUGAAGUGACUGAUGAAUCAACCCCCUUAGAUACUUCCCUCAACAAGUUUUGUUAAACACUGCCCUUUCAAUUAAUUUCCAUCAUCUCCAAAUAAAAAUAUCAUGAAGUAGUAUAUAGUAGGGCCACUAGUUUACUACGGUUACAUUUUAUUAUUAUUCUGGUAACUAUGGAUAUAUAGUACUUCCUCCGUCCGCAAAAUAUUGUCCAAGUUUGACUCGGCAUGAGUUUUAGCACACUUGGCUUACAUCUAUAUAUUAGUUUUAUAAUAAAAUGUGAGUAUAUUGAGUUAGUGUAAAGUGGGUCCAUUUACCAAAAAUGGACAAAAAACAAAGUAGACAACAUUUUGCGGACGAACCAAAAUGGUAAAACUGUACAACAUUUCACGGACGGAUGGAAUAUAUUUAUCAAAUAAUAAAGGAUAACAAAUGUCGAGUAUCUGUAAUGCGAAUAUGCCAAUAUGUUAUGGAGUUUUUAGUAUAUUCUAAUUGUCGUAUUUCUGAGUCUUUGUUUGUGACAAUGGAGUGUUUGUGUCAUGUGUUGUCGGGUGGGGGUGAUAGUUUGUGGUAUUUACAUCUAGUUUAUUAAUGAUUUGCAUCAUGUCCAGUGUCCAUACAAUGGUUUUGCACAUCCAUUUCUCUUGUUAUCUAAUUUUAAUGAGUUUUUUUUUAUGGUCAUAAACUUGUUGUUGUAUGUUUUAGAUGGCACUCUGCUGGUACAUUUGAUCAGUGCUCAAAAAGUGGAGGUCCUUUUGGAACCAUGCGAUUCGAGGCUGAGCUUGCACAUGCUGCCAACAGUGGUCUUGAUAUUGCUUUGAGGCUCUUGGAGCCCAUCAGGAAGCAGUUCCCCACUCUCUCUUUUGCAGACUUCUACCAGUUGGCUGGGGUUGUGGCUGUUGAAGUUACUGGAGGACCUGAUGUUCCAUUCCACCCAGGAAGGCCGGAUAAGGCUGAACCACCUGUUGAAGGCCGCUUGGCUGAUGCUACCAAGGGAUCUGACCACCUGAGGGAUGUCUUUACCAAGCAAAUGGGUCUGAACGAUCAGGAUAUUGUUGCACUCUCUGGUGGCCACACUCUGGGAGCUUCUGAGUGGAGAGAAAGCGGGUCUUCUACAGUUGCCAACAGACAAAGACUCUUCUUACUGACCCUUGCUUCCGCCCAUUUGUUGAGAAAUAUGCUGCGUAUGAGGAUGCAUUCUUUGCGGAUUACGCUGGAUUUGCUGAUGCCUAAGCUAGAAGGUGUUGCAGUUGAGGGAGUGAUGACACCUCCUAUUUUGCUCGGAUUUAUGAAUCUGUUUUGUGCUUGUUUCAGUGGAUGUAUUGGGUUUUGUCAUUGUAUUUGUUUCUAUCGAUAAAUGAAAUAUGGUCACCUCCCUCAUUUAGAAUAUAUUCAAGAUGCCAUUUUUAUCGGAA